UCAGGGGUGGUGCAGUCCGUGAAGGAGACCCUGAGCAGCCAGUUUGUGGAGAACUGCAAGGGCGUCGUGCAGAGGCUGACGCUGCAGGAGCACAAGAUGGUGUGGAACCGAACAACACACCUCUGGAACGACUACGAGAAGAUCAUCCACCAGAGAACCAACACGACUCCCUUCGACCUGGUCCCUGCGGAGGAGGGCGCCGCCGGCGUCACCGUGAGGGUGAUGAAGCCGCUGGACGCGGCCGAGCUGAGCCUGGAGACGGUGUAUGAGAAAUUCCACCCCUCUGUCCAGUCCUUCACCGAUGUCAUCGGCCACUACAUCAGCGGGGAGCGCCCCAAGGGCAUCCAGGAGACGGAGCAGAUGCUGAAGGUGGGCACGGCGCUGACCGGGGUGGGGGAGCUGGUCCUGGAUAACGCCACCAUCAAGCUGCAGCCCCCGAAGCAGGGCAUGCCCUACUACCUGAGCGCCGUGGAUUUCGACUCCCUGCUCCACAGACAAGAAUCCAACGUCCGCUUCUGGAAAAUCCUGACGGUGGUUUUCGGCUUUGCCACCUGCGCCAUCCUCUUUGUCAUCCUCCGGAAGCAGUACCAGCACCACCGCGAGCGGCAGCACCUCAGGCAGAUGCAGGAUGAGUUCCGGCAGGCCCAGGAGCACCUCAUGAGGGAAAUGAACGUGGAGGGGGGAGAGACGCUCAAAAACGCCUGUGUCAUCUGCUUGAGCAACCCCAAAUCCUGCGUGUUCCUGGAGUGUGGGCACGUGUGCUCCUGCAACGAGUGCUACCAGGCGCUGCCCGAGCCCCGGCGGUGCCCCAUCUGCCGGCAGGCCAUCGCCAGGGUGGUUCCUCUCUACAACAGUUAA